CUUCUCUUUUAUGGACUAUAAAUGAUUUUCCAGCGUAUGCGAAUUUGUCUGGUUAGUCUACUAAAGGUUAUAUGGCUUGUCCUACUUGUGGUAAGGGUACUUCUUCCUUUAGAUUGCCUAAUUGUAGGAAAAUAUGCUACAUGGAUUAUCGAUGUUUUUUGCCUCUUAAUCAUAAAUGGAGGGAUAGCAAGACAUUUGAUGGAAAAGUAGAGAGACGACCAGCUCCUAAGCCUUUGUGCGGAGAUGAGAUGUUAGCCCAAAUGAGUGGACUUGAAGAUUUAAAAUUUGGCAAAGAUGUAAAACAUCCAAAGAGAGCUGAUAAUUGGAGAAAGAUUAGUAUUUUCUUUGAACUCCCAUAUUGGAGUCGACUUUUAUUGCGUCAUAAUCUCGAUGUAAUGCACAUUGAAAAAAAUGUUUUUGAUAACAUUCUUGGCACAUUGUUAGACAUUCGAGGCAAGAGUAAAGACCACAUAAAGGCUAGACAUGAUUUAAAAAAACUCCGAAUAAGAAAAAAGUUGCAUCCAAAGUUGAUUAAUGGGAAAUGGCAUAUACCCCCUGCUAUGUACACAUUAUCUCCUGGUGAAAAAGAUAAAGUGUGUAAAUUUUUGGAGGAAGUUAAAGUUCCAGAUGGUUAUUCCUCAAAUUUUUCCAAAUGUAUUAAGAAGCGUAAGGUGUCUGGUCUUCAGACUCAUGAUUGUCAUGUUCUUCUACAACAAUUAUUGCCACUUGCCAUUAGAGGGAUAUCUUGCCAGCAAGUGUAUGAUUUAGUAGUUGAACUUGGUAUUUUUUUCAAGGAGUUGUGUUCGAAAUCACUUAACGUAGAGGAUCUUGAUUGUCUGGAGAAUCACAUAAUUGUGACUUUGUGCAAAUUGGAAAAGGUUUUUCUUCCAUCAUUCUUUGAUGUUAUGGUUCACUUGUGUGUACAUUUUGUUGGUGAAGCAAAAAUUGGAGGGCCUGUUCAGAGUAGAUGGAUGUAUCCUAUUGAAAGAUUUCUAGGGAAGUUGAAAGAUUAUAUUCGUAAUAAAGCUCGGCCAGAGGGUAGUAUUGCAAAAGGAUAUAUUCUCGAAGAAUGUUUAUUUUUUUGCUCAAAGUAUUUGCAUAAUGUUGAGACUAAAUCUAAUCAACAAGAACGAAAUUCUGAUAGUGUUAGUGAUGAUUAUGAGGGUCUUUCAAUAUUUGCACCGUCUGGCGUUUCACUUGGAAAAGAAAAAUCAAAGUGUCUUACACAAGAAGAGUGGGAAAAGGCUCGAGAUUAUGUUUUGAAAAAUUGUGAUGAGGUCCAACCUUUCCUAAGAGAAUAUGAACAAGGGCAGAAUGAGAACGAGUUUUCAGAAUGGUUUCGUGAGCGUGUGAACAGUUUGCCGGAUAAACAUAGUUAGGUGGCAAAAGACUUGCGAUCAUUAUCUUUUGGUCCUUUGAUGGGUGUGGAGCGUUACAAUGGAUAUAUCGCUAAUGGUUUUCGAUUUCAUAUAAAGGCACUUAAAGAAAGGCGGACAAAUCAAAAUAGUGGAAUAUUAGUCGAAGGAGCUUCGGAUGCAAGAAAUUUAGACUAUUAUGGUGUUUUAACUGAAAUCAUUUCUUUGCAAUAUUUGGAUGGUAAACGGGUGGUCUUAUUUAAUUCUCACUGGUGGGAUGUUAGUAAUUUUGGAAAAGGAAUUAAAGUGGAUAAGCAUAACAUUGUGAGUGUAAAUACAAAGAGAAAAUUGCAAACUCAUGAGCCCUUUGUUCUUGCAUGUCAAGCGCAACAAGUAUUUUAUGUUCGAGAUGGUUUUGAUCCAAAUUGGCUUGUUGCUAUUAGAACACAAGCGCGACAUAGCUAUGAUGUAUCAUCUGAAUGCACUUUGAAUCAAGAUAACCAGGAAGAUGAUUUAGAUGCUUGUCAACAAGAUGAAAUAAGGACUCCAACUAUGCAAUCUAGAGAAGAGGAUGGAGACAUAGUUCAAAUUUCUGAUGACACGCGUGAUGAUAUUGAAGAACUGGUUAUUGAAGCUACUAAGGAUAAUGAGCCUAAAGAUGAAUGUGAAUUGUUCAAUGAUGAUUCUGAAGAUGAGUAUGAUGAGUUAGAGGAUGAGAUUGAUGCUGAGAAUAGUGAAAGUGACGUUGAUUGUGAUAGUAUUGGUAGUGAUAGUGAUGAUAGUGACUCUUAAUGACUAAUGCCAUGGUUAUUUAAAUGUGCUAAUUGUUAUGUUUCUCUUGUUGUAAGAGAUUGUUUCUGAAGUUUAUAUUAUUGUAGUGCUUGCACAUUUGCUUC